AUGAAACACAAACUCGACAUGAGAGGCAGCCUCUUCGACGUUCUCCUCGCCACGACGGAACGAGCCGCGGAGAUUCUCGAGAGCGAGAGAUCAAAGCAAAUCCCACGCCCGAAGCGCAAAAUCGAGAAACCCUCCUCCGACUCAAAGCGAAGAAAGACCGGCCACCACGAACGCCCCCCGCUGCCAGGGGAAUUCAAAAUAGAGAAACCCUCCUUCUCCGACGCAAAGCGAAGAAAGAUCAUCCACAACAACGAACGCCCCCCGCUGCCGGAGGAAUUCAAAAUUGCGAUCGAAGAGAUGUCGCGUGGGGCGGACGCGCCGGCGAAAUUGGUGAUCCAGAAGCAGCUCUACGGCACUGAUCUGAGCAGCGGCCACAACCGGCUGUCGAUCCCGAUGAACCAGAUCGCGGACGAUUUCUUGACGGAGGGAGAGAAGGAGCACCUCCGCGGCUACGACUCGACGAGCAAGAAGAAGAAGUACUUGGAUGUGAAGGUGGUAGGGCCGUCUCUGUCGGCGUCGGAGACCGUCAAGUUCUCGCGGUGGGACAUGGCGAAGAAGGACGGCGGGAAGACGUCGUCCAGUUACGUUAUCAAUGGGAAGUGGAAUGCUAUUGUGGCUAAGAAUAAGUUGAGGAUUGGCGUGGUGGUGCAAUUGUGGUGUUUCCGAGUUGAUCGGGAGUUGUGCUUCGCCCUCGUGCGCCUGCCGCCGGGGAAUUGCUCGCUCGGCGCCUGA